AUGACCGAAAGUGGAAUGGCCUCACAUUUGCCACCGCUGGACUCACGGACGAAUUUCACAAACGUCGGAAAAAUCGCCUCUACAUUUGAGCAAAAGAUAAUCUCAACUAGCACUGGAGAAGAGGUCCCAACAGGCGAAAGAGGGGAAAUAUGUGUUCGUGGUCCUACGAUUAUGAAGGGAUAUUUGAAUCGACCUGAAGAGACAGCUGAGACGAUCGACGCAGAUGGAUGGCUACAUACAGGAGAUAUUGGAUACGUUGACAACAAAGGACAAACUUACAUUGUAGAUCGCCUGAAGGAGCUGAUCAAAGUGAAAGGACUGCAGGUUGCUCCAGCUGAGCUCGAAGACAUACUUUUGUCUCAUAAAGAGAUCCAAGACGCGGCAGUGAUUGGAGUCCCAGAUGAGAAAACUGGCGAAAAACCGAGAGCAUACGUGGUUAGAGCUAAUGAGACCCUUACAGAGGCUGAUGUGAAGCAUUUCAUUGAAGCGCAGCCGGCAAGAGGUUUGAUCGCAACUCCUCAAUCGAUGGUUCGAAAUCGCCCUAGUGCUAACGAAAUCCUUCACCUAUCCAGGGUCGAUAAAUCGGUACCAGAUUUGUACCCGAAGGCACUCGCGCGACAAAUUGGUCUUCCUGCGUGGAUCAUUGUAGAGGAUGUAGAUGUGUUCGAUUCUGAAACAAGCAUUCUUGAAAUGGUCCUGUUCUCCACGUACGCUAAGGUUCCUGUGUGCAACACUCCUCUUCAUGAAAAAGUUCUCACGGCAAUCCUACAGCAUAUGGAUAGGAAUCCGAAUCGAAUAGCUUUUAUCAGCGCUGAAGAUCCAGCAGUUCGCAUCACUUUCAAGGAGAUCUACAAUCAAGCAUAUACCGUAGCCAGUUUCCUCUCAAGCAGGGGCUAUGGACACCUGGAUGUGUGCUGUCAGGUGAUGCCGAACUGUAUCGAAUAUACAGUGUUCUACCUUGGUGCAUUGCUAUGCGGUGGAGCUAUGUCUGGAGCGAGUGCAAUGUUUACGGACUUAACCGCUCGUGUUAUAGAUGAGUUAGAGCGACAGUUUGUGGAUUCACACUGUAAAGUUGUUAUCACGGAUGAAGCACACCUGGACAAAGUCCUCUUAGCCACAAAAAGAUGUCGAGAUGUGGAGACGAUUAUCUGUGUUCAAUGUCCGGAGUCAACUCGCACGCUUCCAAAGAGCGUUGUACCUUGGCAGAAUGUCACUAAAACACCUGUAAUCGCUAUUCCUAAGUAUAACUUCAGUCCAGAUGACAUGGCAUUGUUACCGUAUUCGAGUGGUACCACUGGUUCUCCGAAAGGUGUGGUGCUUACCCAUAAAAAUUUCACAACGAUGGUGGAUCUAGUGAACAGUCACUUCGACGAGAAAAUUGUACAUAAGCUCGGUGACUCCAAUUGGGAUUACCAUAAUGAGAAUCUGCUUCUAAUGCUACCUUUCUAUCAUAUUUAUGGAUUUGGUCUGUUGAAUCAAACGCUUCUCAAAGGAACUACUGGAAUAAUUUUUGCCAAAUUCGAACCUACCGUGUUCUUGAAUGCAAUUCAAACAUAUAAGCCGAAAAUGCUGAUGCUCGUUCCACCGAUACUUCUCCUACUAACAAAACAUCCUGUGACUUCCAACUACAAUCUCACUUCGUUUCAAUUUGUUCUCACUGGAGCAGCACCAGCUGGAAAAGAUCUCUGUGACGAGUUCCUCAACAAAUAUAAGCACAUAAUCUCAAUUGGCACCGGAGAUGAGGUCGCAACAGGCCAGAGAGGAGAGAUUUGUGUUCGUGGUCCAACGAUUAUGAAAGGAUAUUUGAACCGACCUGAAGCGACUGCUGAGACGAUCGACGCAGAUGGAUGGCUGCAUACAGGAGACAUUGGCUACGUGGACAGCAAGGGUCAGACUUACAUUGUGGAUCGCUUGAAGGAGCUAAUUAAAGUGAAAGGACUGCAGGUUGCUCCUGCUGAGCUCGAAGAUAUCCUUUUAUCUCAUAAAGAAAUCCAAGACGCGGCGGUGAUUGGAGUGCCAGAUGAAAAAACUGGUGAGAAACCGAGGGCAUACGUGGUUAGAGCUAAUGAGACCCUUACAGAGGCCGAUGUGAAGCAUUUUAUUGAAGAAAAAGUAUCUUCCUACAAAUUCCUCACCGGUGGUGUCGUCUUUGUCGAUGAAAUCCCGAAAUCGCCGUCUGGAAAGAUUCUACGACGUUUCUUACGAGAUCAAGCGGCGGUAGAAUUGAAGUCGAAGAUCUAA